AUGAUUAAAGAUAAAAAUGUAUUAACUAAAGAUGAUAUUGUAAAAGAUUUUAAAGAAAGUGAAAUGAAACUUCAAAAAUUAUUUAUUGAAUAUUUUCAAGUUGAAUUAGAUAAUCAAAAAGCUAGACAAUGUGAAAAAACAAAAAUACCAGAAUAUUUAAUUUUAGCAGAAGCUGGAGAAGGUAAAUCUUACACUGCGCAAGAAUGUCUAAGGUUAUUAAUUAAAUAUACUAAUAGCAAUGCUGACUUACAAAACUGCCUUAUAGAUGUUUUUAUAUUUAAUUUAUCAUUUGAAGAUGGGACUAAACUAAUUUGGGAAGAUGAAAUUAUGAGCUUUAAAAAUAAUUUUAAGAAUCAAUAUGAUGUAAUACCAGAAUAUGUAUUGUGUAGAAUUGCUAAAUAUCGCACUCAAGAAAUUAAGGAUCUGAAUGUAAUAAUUAUUCUAGAUGGUCAUGGACGUGCUUUAGAGGCUUUGGGAGAAGCAGUUGUGGAUAAAAAUAUGAACAAAGUCAAUUAUAUUGAUCUAAUAAAUAAUAUAUCUGUUAACAAAGACCAAACCAUCUUUGAACUUGAUGGACAAAAAAUAAAUGUAGAUGACGUAAUACAGUUUGGACUAGUUCGAUUUGAGAGUUCCGAUCCUGACCGUGUUGUUGGUUAUCUAUUAUGUCCGUACAUUUGGCUAUGGAUCAUGGCUCAUGCAUACCACGAAAAUAUAAAUGAUCCAUUGUUAAGAAGUUGGGAUUGUGCCUACUACAAUGAAGUACUCAGUGAAUCGGGAGAGCCUAGCACAUCAGUGCAAAUUAUUGAGAGAACAAAGCAUUUCUCAAAAAUUUUUGAAGAAGAAUAUAACAAAGCAACUAGUUCAGGAGAUAUUUUCAUCUUUUACACCUCAGCAUUCUGCCAGAAUCUUGAACUCCAACCAAUGUCUGCAAUCGUUAAUAAAGAAAACUGGAAAGAAUAUUUCGGUCCUUUUGCUGGAAGAUGUUAUAAUUAUGCCAUGGGACCACCAGAUAUUAAUAAAGCGACCUUCACUCAGCUGACUGGAUUUGAGAAGAUUGCAAAAAAACGUGCUAGAAUUAUCAUGGAAGAACGAGAUCGUGUCGAAUUUUUUGAUUUUUGCGUAGUGUAA